CGCAGCAUAUUAACAUAGAUAUGACACAUCCAGUACACAGAAGCUAGUGUAGACGAUGCCGUUACCAUGGUGGGCACGCAUAGUACUGCGCUGCGUAAGAUGCGUCAUAUCAGUGGAACAUGUAGCAUUCAUCAUGGAUGGAAAUCGCAGAUUCGCAAGACUUAUGGGAAUGGAAGUACAUAAAGGACACCGAUGCGGACUUAACAAACUAAUGGAAGUUAUUGAAAUGUGCCAGCUGCUCGGAAUCAAAGUCAUAACUGUCUAUGCAUUCUCUCUGCAAAACUUCCAAAGAAGUGAAACCGAAGUUAACAACAUCAUUAACUUGGCUACCGAAACAGCGAAAUCAAGAUUACAACCAGGGCACAAGCAAACAUUCGCGAUUAAGUUCCAUGGAGAUAUGAGAUUCCUACCGGAAUAUCUGAGGAAGACACUUCAGGAAGCUGAAGAACUAUCCGAUAAAUUAAAAACUGAAGAUCAAAUAUUGGUAAAUGUAUGCGUAUCAUAUGGAGGACGCAAUGAAAUAGCGAGAGCCAAAGAAAAAAUAGCCAAUAUACCAGGGGAUAGAACACAUGAAGAAGAAGCAAAGCUAUUCUAUAGCCUCCUGGUAGGAGGAGAAUAUAAACCACCAGAAAUAUUGAUAAGAACAUCAGGAGUAACAAGACUAUCAGACUUCCUUAUAUACCAGUGCUCUGAAUUCACAACAUUCUACUUCCUACACGACACGUGGCCGGAGCUGUCAAUGUGGAGUCUAAUAGGUACGCUGAUACACUGGACAAUAUUCUGCGGGCGCAAGAGCACAGACCGUGGAUAUACUAUAUUCUAGAAAACAGU